UCUGGUUGUUUGUUUGUUUGUUUGUUUGUUCACAGUGACUUUGAUUCUGACACACAGUGAUGAUUAAUGAUUAAUAACACAACGAUGAAUGAAUGAUGGAUUGUUAUGUUCAAUGGCCGAUAAUCUUUUGUUCAUUUCUUCUGAUACGAAUGAUUCAAACACAAUCAUCCAAUUUAUAUGAUCACCACGAUGAAUCGAAUGUCAUAUCAUUGUCGGAUAAAACAUUUUUCAAUCAAAUACAAUCAGUUAAUAAAGAUCGAUUAAUUAUUAUCAACUAUUACAAGCAUUGGUCACCGGAAUGUCAACGAUUCGCAAUACUAUUUACAAAUUUUUCCCAUAAUAUCCGGUCAUGGCAACGGAUUGUCAAAUUGUAUGCCAUUGAUUGUGCUGAAAAUCUAGUCUGUCAUCAGGUUUUACAACAGCCAUCCAAUGAUGAUAAUGACAACGACGAUAGAAUGACCGUAGAUUUUCCAAUCAUACAAUUUAUUGAACCACCCGGUGUGAAAGAUAUUGGUCGUGAUGCAAAACAAAUAAAUCAUGGUAUCGAUACAAUCGAUAAUUUAAGAAAAAUAACAAUCGAAACAAUUGUAUCGAAUACAUUUCUUGCCAAUCAUUAUUCAUUGAUACCGUUGAUGGCUAAAAAUAUAGAUGAAAUUUGUUUCAUACUUAAACAGGAUAAUCAUGAUCAACAACAAUUGUUGUCAAUCAAAGAGGAUAGGGAAUUGUAUGCAAUUAUUGAACGAGUGCCGGAAACAGAAUUUGGUGCAUGGAUUAUGAUCGACAUGAUCGACUAUCGAAAUUUCGUAACAAUCAAACGUUUUAUUGGUGAUGAUCGAUUGAUGACAUCAUUGUUUUCUUAUCCGAUCAAAUUACCAAUCAUAUUGGAAAUAUCAUCAACAACAUGUCAAUAUCGUAUCAUUGGAAAUGUAAAGAAUUCACGAAUGUUACGCAAUGAAUUCAUACAAUCCAUACGUGAUCGAUUUGGACCAAUGAUUAACUCGGAUGACAUUGAUGAUCAUUUAACGACGAUCACAGCCGAACAACGAAAUAGAUCAACAAAUCAAUUUUAUAAGAUGAAAAAUAUUGACGAAAACAAAGUGGUCCAUUAUAAUCUCAGCUAUGUUGAUUUACAUAAUGCCUUACGAUAUUCAUUAGUGUUCGAAGUGGUCAACGGUCGUCGACGAUUUAAUGGCCGCCAAUUACAAGUGAUCAAACGAUUAUUCACAACAAUAUUACAAUAUUUUCCAUUCGAUAAUGAAAAUGUACGUCGCCUGUUCAAACGAAUGACCGGCUGGUUUUCCAAUAAAAACGAUCGAUUAAAUGUGGAUAAAUAUUUGGCAGCCGUCAAAACAGCUGAUGGAUUCUUGAAACCAUUGGAAAGUUGGCGCCAUUGCAAUGGUAGUCGGCCAAUUUAUCGUGGCUAUCCAUGUGGACUGUGGGUAUUAUUCCAUGCAAUGACUGUUCAUGAAUUUAAUCAGACAAAAAUGGCCAUGUUAAAUACGAACGAUACUGUGCGGAAAACAUUACCAGAACCAAAAGUAUUGCCAGUAAUGCGUGAUUAUAUUGAAACAUUUUUUACCUGUCUACAAUGUCGUCAUUAUUUCUUGAAUGUAUCGAAUAAUCUGCUCGAACAAUUGCCCUAUCCAAACAGUAGUGUCAUAUGGUUAUGGACCAUACAUAAUCAGAUGAAUUCUCGACUUUCAAACGAUGAUGGCAACACAUUUAUACAAGAUCCACAUUAUCCGAAAUAUCAAUUUCCAACACGAACAAUGUGUCCCAAAUGUUUGAAUGAUCGUGGCCAUUAUAAUCAACACUAUGUAAUUGAUUAUCUGGAACAUUAUUAUAGUAAAUCAACAAUGCGUGCCAAUUCAGCCAGUUGUCAUCACCAUCAUCAGGUUAAUUAUAUGACUAUUUCAAUGAUGAUGACCAUUCUCAUCAUCAACGGUUUCCAGAAUUAAAUCGAUAAUGUCAUCCUAUAUCCUAUAAUAAAUAAAUAAACUUUUAAUGAAAUGCUAA